ACGUGGUGCUGAAGGUGCGGCAGCCCAGCGUGCAGGAGGUGGGCCACUUUAAGGACGGUGCGAUGUUGGCGUCCUUCAUCUACCCUGCGCAGAACGCUGACCUCAUCAGGGCCUUCAUCGACAAGAAGAUGACGGUGUUUGGUGAGCCUGUGAUGAUGGAGCACAUCGAGUCGAUGAAGCCUGGGUCUGUGGUGGUGGACCUGGCGGCUGAGGCUGGGGGAAACAUCGAGACCACGAGACCUGGGGAGGUGUACGAGUACAAGGGCGUCACACACGUGGGGCUUACCGACCUUCCCUCACGCCUCCCCACACAGGCUUCUACGCUGUACGGCAAUAACAUCAGCAAGUUCCUGCUGUCCAUCGGCGACAAGGACCAUCUGCACGUCAACCUGGAGGACGAGGUCGUCCGCGGCAGCAUCGUCACCCAGAACGGCACGCUGCUGUACCCGCCACCGCCGCCCCCCACACCCGCCCCCGGGGCGGUGGCCGCCGCCGCCGCCCCCCAGAAGGUGGCGCCGCCCCCGCCAGACUACUUCGCCCUCACACUCAAGGACUCCCUCCUCUACACCUCAGGUGGGGACUUGAUAUAUUCUAUAUUAACUUAUAUAACUUCUUGUUGCAUCGUAGGCAUCACGGCGGUGGGCGGACUGCUGCUGAUGGGGGGCGGCUACUACCCCACCAACAUCAUCGAGGGGCUCGCCGCGUCCGCCGCCUUCGUCUCCUUCAUCAACAUCUUCGGGGGCUUCAUCGUCACCCAGCGCAUGUUGGACAUGUUCAGGAGACCAUCGGACCCUCCCGAGCACAACUACCUGUACGGCAUCCCGGCGCUGGCGCUGCUGGGGGGCUACGGGGCCACCGCCGCUGCCGGCUACCCUGAGAGCCAUCAGAUGGCCUACCUGGCGGCCUCCCUCUGCUGCGUCGGGGCCUUGGCGGGCCUCAGCAACCAGAGGACCUGCAGGCUGGGCAACACGCUGGGCAUGAUCGGCGUGACAGGAGGCAUCGCUGCGACCAUCGGCCAGCUGGUGCCGUCUACGCCCGUGCUCGCCCAGAUGGCUGCAGCAGCUGGUGUUGGUGGCCUCAUCGGCUCCACCAUCGCCAAGAAGAUCGAGAUAUCAGACUUGCCCCAGCUGGUGGCGGCUUUCCACAGCCUGGUGGGGGCGGUAGCGGUGCUCACGUGCCUCGCGACGUACCUGCACGACUUCCCUCACUUCGCCACGGACCCCGCGGCCAACGCAGUCAAGACGGCGCUCUUCCUGGGCACCUUCAUCGGCGGCGUCACCUUCAGUGGGUCGCUGGUGGCGUACGGCAAGCUGCAGGGGCUGCUGAACUCGGCGCCCCUCCUCCUGCCUGGCCGCAACGCCCUCAACCUCGGCCUGCUGGGGGGCAACGUGGCCGCCAUGGGCUACUACUUCCUGGACCCUUCCUUGACCGCCGGCCUGUCCAUGCUCGGGACCACCACCGCGCUGUCCACCAUCAUGGGCGUCACUCUCACCAUGGCCAUCGGAGGCGCCGACAUGCCCGUGGUGAUCACGGUGCUGAACAGCUACAGCGGUUGGGCGCUGUGUGCCGAGGGCUUCAUGUUGAACAACAACCUCAUGACGGUGGUGGGCGCCCUCAUCGGCUCCUCGGGCGCCAUCCUCUCCUACAUCUAUGUGUAUAAGAGACAGCACCAUGCCCUCACUAAGGACCCCACUCACCGUGCCCUCACUAAGGACCCCACUCACCGUGCCCUCACUAAGGACCCCACUCACCAUGCCCUCACUAAGGACCCCACUCACCGUGCCCUCACUAAGGACCCCACUCACCGUGCCCUCACUAAGGACCCCACUCACUGUGCCCUCACUAAGGACCUCACUCACCGUGCCCUCACUAAGGACCUCAGUCACCGUGCCCUCACUAAGGAUGUUCCCAAGGAGCGGCAGACAGUCCCCAGUCAAGUCCCUGAUGGAGGCCAAGUCCCUCCUGUUGACGAUGGCCUGGCAGUACAGGUCGGAGACUUGCUCGCCCGUCCACUUGAGGUCUGGCAGCAGCACAAAGCCGGUCUGGGGGUCUGGGUCUCGCAGCACCACGCGAGUAAGAAGUCAAGAUGCANCAUCAUCAUCGUGCCUGGGUACGGGCUGUGCGUUGCCAAGGCUCAGUACCCCAUCGCUGAGCUGGUCGAGGUCCUUCGGAAGAAGGGCAAGAACGUCAGGUUUGGCAUCCACCCCGUGGCUGGGCGCAUGCCGGGGCAGCUCAACGUGCUCCUCGCAGAGGCUGGAGUGCCUUACGACAUCGUCAAUGAGAUGGACGAGCUCAACGAGGACUUCCCAGAGACCGACCUGACGAUGGUCAUCGGCGCCAACGACACCGUCAACUCCGCGGCCGAGGAAGACCCCAACUCCAUCAUUGCCGGCAUGCCCGUCCUCAGGGUGUGGCUGUCCAACCAGGUGCGUGGGGGCGAGCCUCAGUGGGGCGGCGAUCCUAGGGUAACUCUAGAACUCCAGAGGAGGUUGUGUUGGGGUUGGUUUCAUUUGGGUGCCCAAGAAGGGGACGUUCCUCCCCCUCCUCCAGCCCUCAACACAAACCAAGUGGCUCAAAUGGGCGGCAACUCUGUUCCAUUUUUUGAGAGCCAUUUGCAGCAGAGUCAUGUCACAACCAAGCAAAUCUUCGUCGAGAACCGCGUCAGUAGCUCCCGUAACAAGUUCCUACACCAGCAAGCGCUGUGUCAGGUAUAA